GUAUCUCCUCUCCAAGGGUCGUGAGCGGCUACUCGAUUUCUGGCUAGAAGCCGAACGACACAAAUUGGCAACAGAAUACAUCAACGCACUCUCCUCGAGUCUACUGUCGUACGGACAACAAUCAUCCACGACGAUCGAGCACCACAAACGGUCUAGUACGGCUUCGGCUGUGCUCACGUCUGCGUUUGCGGGGGAGAGGGAAAAGGUUUUCAAUGAGAUGUAUUUGCGCGAUUUUGGGCAGUACGUGCGUGAUCGCGUCGUCUGUUUCGCGCGUAACGAGCUUUCCCGCCGGUUGGGUGAGUUUGACGGAGCUCCCGUUCGUCGCCGGCUCGAGGGUCUGGGCGAGUGUUAUUGUCUCACGGAUCCUCGUCGGUUGGAUAACCCUAUCGUCAUGACGAGUGAGGCAUUCGUCGCGGUUACGGGGUAUGCGCGACAAGACAUCAUCAACAAGAAUUGUCGAUUCCUCCAAGGUCCUGCCACGAAUCCUGCGAGUGUUAGGCGUAUCCGCAUUGGGCUUCAGGAGGGUGGGAGUUCGAUUGUGGAGUUGUUGUUGAAUUAUCGGAAGGAUGGUGUGCCGUUUUUUAAUCUCUUGUUCAUGGCUCCGCUUCGUGAUCAGAAGACUGGGGAGAUUCAUUAUUUCCUGGGAGCACAGAUCAAUGUUACGAGUACGGUUUGGGAGGCGAGUAGGCAUUCUCUCUUUUUUUUGGAGGAUGAGGGUGUGGGGGAGGAGGAUGAUGAGGAGGAGGAAGAGGAGGAGGAGGAAGAGCUGGAUGAGACGGGGUGGAGUUUGUUGGCGGCGAGGAGGUUGAGGGAUAUGUUACCCCGGAAACGUCGGGUGAAGAAGGAGAAGAAGAAGCAUGUCUCCAAGAAAUCACCGAGGGAUGCCGUCGACGACGGCAGUGACCACGAUUCCUCCUCCGACGAGAGCUCGUCUUCUUCGGACUCCGACACCUCCGAUGAUGACCUCAAAGUCAAACGCACAAAAGCACGUCUCGCCAUGCCCCAAUGGGACCGCUACGAAGAACACAAUCGCAACUCCGUCGACUCCUCCACCUCCCUCCGCGAGUUAGAGACAGCCAUGGACGACCUCCGCCGCACCUUCAACAAAUUCGUCCUCAUCUCCGCCUCCUACCACAUCACCCACCUCUCCGACGCCGUCCUCUCCUCCUCCGACAUGCCACCCUCCUCGAUUGGGAAACAUUGGAUUAAUGAUGUCGUUGGGCUCAAUACACCGCGGUAUAUUGUUCACGGGUUACGGACUGCGAUGGAGGCUGGACGGCCGGUGAGUGCGCAGGUUAGGGAUUUGGAGGGGGAUUUGAGGUGGGUGCAUUGUACGCCGCUUGUGGGGUUUGAGGGGAGGGUUGAGGCGUGGGUUGUGUUGAGUGUUGGGAAGGAUCGGGCGGGGCAGUGAGGGUAUAUAUGUGCUACGGAUGGACACGGAGAACUUUGAGAACGUUUUUACCCAACCUUUUCGGCAUUUGAAAUUUGAUUUGCUAUGGACUUGGGCUUUUUGACCUUUGAUUAUACGCGGACGCAUUUAGCAUAGCUGAAGCAGACAACGAUAUUGAUAUCGAUGCCGAUGUGGAGGAGACAUAGCUUGGCCAUUGCGAGCAAUACACACAAAUUGACUCAUC